GUGCCCGAUGGCUACCGCAUGGUCGUCACCUCCGCCCCCCGCGGCAACGGCCUGCAGACCACCCUGCUGCCGCUCAUGGGCGACGCCCCCAGCUGGGAGUGGCGCUACAGCAUGGACGACGGCGGGGACGUGCGCGUUGAGUUUGCGCGCAACGCGGCGCUCGAGCUGUUCGGCGACCUGGGGGCGCCCGGGCUGGGCGGCGCCGACGAGGACGCGGUCUUGGACUUCAUCAUCUGA